AGGACUGCGUUUGGCGCGGGGGAGGGAACUGUGCAAGCGCGGGAGAUCAAUCGCUCAGCUAUGGCGGGGCCAUGAGAUUGAUUGCCUAUCGAACAAACAGCAAGCAACCCCUCCGUUCCCCUUGCCCUGGCGUCAUUGCUGCCUUCCCUUUUCCGGAUCUCGCAUUUCUCCACCAAAUUCCUCUCCCAAUUGCGUCACAACGGAUGCGCAUUUUUGGUCCAACCAUCGCACCCUCUGCAGGCCUCGCAGUUUGAUGUUUAGAGACACCGAGUUCUGUUCCUUUCUGGGAAUUUAAUUACCCCAUGUCGUCGUCUCCGUGAGAGUCAGAAGGCCACCCGAUUCUCGGUGGUUCAUGACGGGCAUCUAAUCUGCCAUCUCCGCAGUGGUCGCCAUGAAAAUGAAACCAUGUGACAACGGUGGGGGAGGCACUAUGCUGAAGCCAAAACCGAAUGCGGUGGCCGGAAGGAAAGGGCGAAAAGCAAGUACCUCAGAGAUUGAAGAGGAGUUUGAAGUUGCCAAUCCAAUAAGCAAGAGCAGGAAGCGGAAGGGUGCAGAAUUGGACGUGGUUCCAGCAACCCGGCGGCCUAGACCCAAGCGUGCCGCAGCAAGCACUAGCCUCAAAGAGGUACACCAUGAGAUUGAGGCUCAGUACGUCACCCCAAAGGAUGAGAAGAUACCAAUGCUGGAACAGGAGGCCUUGGUGUUGACAUCCCAGGAGAAAGAUGAGUCUCGCUUGCUUCUCGAUUUCUUCAUUCAUGAUGGUGAGGGAGAAACGCAGCCCUUGGACGUUGUUGGAAGCCAUGAAGUUUAUGUGACAUGCCUGAUGGCGCCGCAUACUUCCUCAAUUGUGUCAAUCGACAAAAGCAAAGCUGUUCUAUGUGAGAGCAUGGGGCCUAUUUUGGAGUGGGGUAUUGAGGGAUAUGACAAAGGGGAACCCUCUGUUUACAUAGGAACCGGUCUUUCAUUCUACACGCUUGUGCAACCAUCAGGAAGGUACAAGAAGCACUUCAAUCUUCUGCUUGAGAAAGUCACUGUUUGUGUGGAGGUUUACAGAGCCCUGAGCCCAUCCACUGGUGGAGAUCCUCAGCUUGGGCUGAAUGAUCUAUUUGCACGCGUGGCGCGCUCCCUUCGCAGUGGAAAAUACUCCUCUGCUCUGCAAUUUUUUACUCGUGAUUACCUUAUCGAACAGGGAGGCUUCAUAGCUGGGCAACUAAAAGCAUUAGAUGGUAAUGCGGAUGAUGACGAGCAGCUCUUUAGCGGAUUGCCUGCCAUCGACGUCCUCGAAAGCGAGUGCUUGAAGCGAGCAACACAACGCUGGUCAGUUGAUGUGAAACCUGAAGCAUUAAAAAUUAAGGAUGCUUCUGCUUCCAACGGUACAAGUUCUAAGUUCGAGGAAAAUGAUGAUCAGGAGCAGGGUGGCAUGGAUGCCGAUGAAAAACUGGCCCGCCAUCUUCAAGAGAUGGAGAAUCGCAAUUUGGCAAGCAGAAAUGGGAGAAACCAACCAGCUGGUAAAGGGCGCAAAGUGUAUAUAAAGAUUAACGAGGCUGAAAUUGCGAACGAUUACCCCUUACCUGCUUAUUACAAGGCGGAGGAGGACGAAACCGAUGAAUAUUUAUUUUUUGAUGAUGACAACGCAAUUCUCGCUCCGCAUGAACUUCCUCAACGAAUGCUUCAUGAUUGGACUUUGUACAAUUCUGAUUCGCGACUCGUAUCCUUGGAAUUGCUCCCGAUGCUCUCAGGUGUGGAGACGGACGCUGAGAUUUUUGGAUCAGGUAUGAUGACAGAAGAUGAGGAUAGUGCCUUUACGUUCGACGACGAGGAUGGUGAGGUAUCGUCAAGCCUUAUCGAGACGACCUCUUCCUCGAGUAAUGGGAAUGGAAUCUCUCACAAACGCAACAGCAUCCCUCAAGGCAUUCGCCUUUACCUCAGCGCUAUUAAGGAAUGGAUGAUCGAAUUUGGAGCUAACAUGAUCUUCAUAUCAAUCCGCACUGACGGAGCUUGGUAUAGGCUUGGAAAACCUUCUAAACAGUAUAGGCCUUGGUAUGCUCCUGUUAUGAAAACUGCCCGGUUAGCUGUCAAGGCCAUCACAAUGCUGAAGCAGCAGCAGCGAGUGUCACGCUUAUCCUUUUCUGAUAUUGUCAAACGUUUAACAGAUUAUCUUAAAGAGGACUCCAAGUUCAACUUCGUAAAAGCUGCUGAUGUGGAGAGAUACUUGGUUGUCCACGGACAAAUUAUACUGCAGCAAUUUGCAGAGUAUCCUGAAGAACAGAUUCGCCGCAGCGCUUUUGUAACCGGCUUAAUUGCCAAGAUGGAGGAGAAGCACCACGUGAAACUGACUGUGAGCAAAAAGACCACUGUCAUUAAAAAGGGAAGGAACCUGAAUCCCCGCGCGCAUCUUCAACCUGAUGCUAAGAAGAGCAAACCUAUGCGUGCCACGACCACGAUUCUUGUCAAUCGUAUUUGGAGCAAUUACUAUACCAAGUUCAACUUGUCUGGAGAGAUGCCCACUGUCAUCAAGGAGGAGGAGACUGUGGUUGCCAAAGAGGAUAAAUCAGAGGAGGAGGAGGAGGAGGAGGACGACGACGACGACGAAGACGAAGACGAAGAGGAAUUGGAGGAUGACUCUAGUGCCCCUGCACCCAAGCCUUCAGCUCUAACUUUGAAGAAAGUGAAGAAGAUAAAUGUCGAUCGGUCAGAAAUUGUUGUUGGCGAGGCUGUUCUUGUAAAUCUGGAUGACGAUACAGUUGACAGCGAGAAGCUUCCUUCAAUGUUAUUGGUGGAAUAUCUAUAUGAUUCACGGGAUAAAACUCCUAUGUUACACGGUCGAGUUUUGGUGGGAGCUACAGAAACGGUGUUAGGCAAUGCUGGCGAUGACCGAGAGGUUUUCCUUACCAACAAUUGUGCUGAUGUUGAAAUCUCUGGUGUACAAAAAGUUGUGGUGAACAUGAAGAGACGAACCGAGAGUUACAAAGAUAGAAAGACCAAUGCCCUUGCGGAUGAGGCAGAAAGGGCAAGAGCCAAAGAGAGAGAAUUACAAGGGCUUCCAAAGGAGUACUUCUGUCGUGCUGUAUAUUCUCCUGAUAAGGGAGCUUUCUUUAGUUUACCCACAAGAGAGCAAGGUCUGGCUGUUGGGAAUGGAUCUUGUAAAACAUGCAUUCAGCGUGACGAGGAAGAGAAGAUGAGCGCCCCUGCGCUUCUAGAUGUCGGUGGAUUUAGAUUAGAGGGUGUGGAAUAUCGGAUAGGGGAUUAUUUAUAUGUUGAUUCGACUGUAUUCAAGUUUUUGGUGAACAAGGAUGAACCCGAGGCAGAAGUUGUAUUCAAAGGUGGUAGGAACAAGGGGCUUCGGCCCUUCGCGGUUUGUCAGCUGUUGAGCGUCCAGAAGGCAAAUAGAAGUAAUGUACUUGCUACCAAAAUUAAUGUGCAAAGAUUCUACAGACCCGAUGAUUUUGGAAGUCAUAGAGCAUAUGUAGCCGAUGUUCAUGAGGUAUAUUACAGUGAAGAUACGGUAACCGUGGAGAUUAGUACUGUCAGAGGUCGUUGCGACGUCCUUCGGCCUGGUCCAGUUAUCGACAGUUCCAUUAGAUCUGAAUUCCACCAUUUAUUUCUUUGCAGCCGCGUCUGCGAUCCCAAAACUGGGACUGUUAAACAGUUACCAGCCACUGUAAAGCUGAGCUCUUACUGUAGACUCACCGAUAACACAAAGAAUUCUAGCGCGGCAGCUGAGCUGAAAGCCAAGGCGAAAGGAAAAGGAAAGGCUAUUGAAGAUGAGGAUAACCCUUCUUCUGCAGGACUCACUGCUUGUGAUAACCGCCUCGCAACUCUUGACAUUUUUGCUGGCUGCGGAGGUCUCUCUGAAGGGUUGCGUCAAGCAGGAGUGGCAACAACGAAGUGGGCAAUUGAAUACGAGCAUCCCGCAUCUGAAGCCUUCAAUUUGAAUCAUCCCGAAACCAACGUGUUCUGUGAGAAUUGUAAUGUAAUCCUCAGAUGCAUAAUGGAAAGAGGAGGAGAUUCUGAUGAGUGCCUCUCAACGCCUGAUGCACAAGAAAUGGCUUCUGCACUCAGUGACGAGAAGAAAAAACUUCUACCUGCACAAGGUGAAGUUGACUUCAUUAAUGGCGGACCACCUUGCCAGGGAUUUUCUGGAAUGAACAGAUUUAACACGGGGGCGUGGAGCAAAGUUCAGUGUGAGAUGAUACUAGGGUUCCUCUCAUAUGCCGAGUAUUUCCGACCGCGAUACUUUCUCCUGGAAAACGUUCGCAAUUUUGUUUCGUUUAAUAAAGGCCAAACUUUUCGUCUAACGCUUGCCACACUUCUGGAAAUGGGUUAUCAGGUUCGUUUUGGUGUUCUCCAAGCUGGUAAUUAUGGAGUCUCUCAAUCUCGCAAGCGGGCGUUUAUAUGGGCUGCUGCCCCAAAUGAGAUAUUACCAGAGUGGCCUGAACCUAUGCAUGUCUUUGGUAGCUCUCAACUAAAGAUUGCUUUGCCUGGUGGGGCGUCUUAUGCUGCCGUCCGAGAUGCUGGCAAAGGCGCGCCCUUGAGAGCUAUGACUGUGAAGGACACUAUAUACGACUUACCACCAGUCGAAAAUGGUGCCUCGAAGGAGGAAAUUAAGUAUAGCGAUCCACCUGUGUCAUGGUUCCAGAAGCAGAUUCGAGGCAAUGAGACUGCUUUGUAUGAUCACAUUGCCAAAGAGAUGAACGAACUUAACCUUGAGCGCUGUAAACAUAUACCGAAGUAUCCUGGUGCGGAUUGGCGUACUCUUCCUGAUAUUAAGAUAAAACUGUCAACUGGAACGAUGGUCGAUUUGAUCCCAUGGUGUCUGCCCAACACUGCUGAUCGUCAUAAUCAAUGGAAAGGAUUGUUCGGGCGAUUGGAUUGGGAUGGUAACUUUCCUACAUCAGUGACUGAUCCACAGCCUAUGGGUAAAGUAGGGAUGUGCUUCCACCCCGAGCAAGACCGCAUUGUGACGGUUCGUGAGUGCGCUCGUUCGCAGGGUUUUCCGGACAGCUACAAGUUUUCUGGAACUAUCCAGUCUAAGCAUCGUCAAAUCGGGAAUGCUGUCCCACCUCCGUUGGCACGAGCUUUAGGACUAAUGCUGAAGGCGGCUAUUCGGUUAAAAGAAGGAUCGUAAUUGAGCGCUGGUUGCAAUUAGAUUAAAGAAGCAAGUGAAACUGGAACAUUGGAGCUUUGCUAAGGUGCAUCUAUGUAGGCGUCGUGGUGGAGAAGCAACGACUCCAGGUCUCUUUCAUUCUUGGCUAGCCCCUUCCUUCUCCUAUUGAUCCAUGGUUCCUACUUGGUCGGUGUGCCUAUUGAAUCAAUUUGUCACUUAAUUUUAGUUUCCUUCCUUCCUCCGUCCUUCCUUCCCUAGUUGUGUCAAUCUGACUGAUAGCUUGUACAGGUUUUUUAGCAUUUCUAAUCUACAUGUAAGGAUACGUAUCUUAUCAUCUAGAAACUUCGGGUGUUUUUUCUGCAG